GGCACGUUUAGUAUUAGUGACAAAAACUGAUUGAUAUAACCCCUACGGCCUCAGAAGACGACUAUAUAAGUGGAAGAGCAGACCACCUACUUUAGUUGACCUCCGAGCAUUUGAAAACCACCAGAAAAAGUCCGACAUACAAGAAUGAAGGUUUCAGUUGUCUUGCUGCUGUUCUGUUUGGUGGCUACCAGCCUCGCUAGCUUCUACUACCCACCUAAGAUCGCUAAGGUCAUCGUCAUUCCCAAGUACGGCUAUGGUGGAUAUGGCGGCUAUGGAGGCAACGGAGGCUAUGGAGGCUACGGUGGUUUCGGAGGCUUUGGCGGCAUCGGCGGCAUUGGAGGCAUCGGCGGCAUUGGAGGCAUUGGCGGAUUUGGCGGAAUCGGCGGCAUCGGCGGUCACGGUGGUUACGGUGGUUAUGGAGGUUACGGAGGUGGAUCAAUUGGAGUUGGAAGUGUUGGCAUCCUUGGCGGUGGUCUAGGUCUUGGAGGAGGAUUUGGUGGCGGUCUGGGAGGAGGCAAAUACUACGUCGUGGAACUUGAUGUUGAUAUCCAUGUCAACUCACAACAUCUGACAAAGAUAACCCCUAGGGCCACUCGACGCAACUAUAUAAGUAGAGGAGUAGACAGAAUCCUUUACCAGACCUCCAAGCACUUGGAAAACAUCAUACAAGAUCGACCUGAAAGAAUGAAGGUUUCCGCUGUCAUUGUGCUGUUCUGCUUGGUGGCUACCAGCCUCGCUAGCUUCUACUACCCACCUAAGAUCGCGAAGAUCCUCGUCAUUCCUAAAUACGGCUAUGGAAGCUAUGGAGGCUAUGGAGGCUAUGGAGGCUACGGAGGCUAUGGAGGCUACGGUGGUUACGGAGGAAUCGGAGGCUUUGGCGGCGGCUUCGGCGGCGGCAUCGGCGGCGGCAUCGGCGGCAUCGGCGGUAUUGGCCUCCUAGGCGGUGGUCUAGGUCUUGGAGGAGGUUUUGGAGGAUUCGGUGGUGGUCAUGGAGGCAAAUACUAUUGAUAUUACUGAUGGAUCACACAGUCGUGUCUCAAACACACCAGGUCGUAGAGCUUAAUGUUGAUGUCGACAUCAGCGAACAUUCAUAGUCACCGUACUAUAAUGCACUCUUGGCUACAUCAAUAAAGUUUCUUGAACUCAU